CCCCUGGAGUUCUGCAGCUGACUCCGUUUCAUAUUACUUACGCUGUUUCUGAGUCAAGGAAAAACAAAAACAUGUCCGUGUACGACAGGCUGAACUACUAACUACCAAUUGCAACCUGAAGCCACCUCAACUAGCUGUCGAUUUGACCGACUGCUAUAUGAUUCCCGUCGCGUCAACGGCCGACGACCCAGAAAGAUGCCGCAGAAAGCACUGGGAUCCAUUGUAGGACUUCUUUGUACAGGGGCAUGUCUGGUGCAGGGGAAGGAGUUCUGUUUUGGGGUAAACAAUGAGCAGUACCGCUGUGAGAUGGGCUACUGCUGUGGAGAGAGAGAGUGCUGCACCUACUACUAUGAGCUCUGGUGGUUCUGGUUGGUAUGGACUCUGAUCAUCAUGCUUAGCUGCUGCUGUGCUUACCGACACCGGAGAGUAAAGAUGCGUCUUCAGCAGGAGCAGCGUCAACGGGAGAUUAGCCUCAUGGCCUAUCAGGGAGCCUCCAGCUCCUUCAUUUCUCCUCCACCACUCAAUUUAAGGUUCUGGAACGACUGCAAGCUUCCUGACUAUGAAGAGGUGGUGGGUCACCCGCCGACACCGCCUCCUCCCUACUCUGAAAACCCUCCUGAGACUGUUCCAGCAAUCCCUGCUCAAGUGAGCCAGCCCAACACUUCAACCGAUCCACCACCAUCGCAGGUUGAAGAAGUUCCACAGGUGGAAGGUCAGGCCUCAGGUUCCUCAUCAGGCCAGGGAGCAGCGUCAGUGCCGAUCCAAACACAGCAUCUGGCCAAGGAGAAUGUUGAAGUUCCACUGAUGGCUGCGGGUGAUGAGGAGGAAGACGAGGAGCUUGUCACUCGGCGGCGCCAUGUGACCGGUGACUCAGGGAUCGAGGUGUGCGUUUGCCAACUGGACGUUGACGAGGGCUCAGGGCUUGAAGAGGAAUGCGAUGAGAUGAACCGGAUGUGCAAGGUCAGCGGUCGAGACUGCUGUUCCGGGCAGCAGCAGCCAGCCUUCAGACAGAAGGAGCACACCUCAGAGCUGCCCAGCCAGACCGCCAGCACCAGCACUGGGGACCACAUGGUGUGAUCCACAGCUCAACUAACCAGCUAACCAGCCUGGCUUUCUGCCUCACACAGGGAGAUCAUCAUCAUCACCACAGGGACUGUCUAUGUCUUAAUUAUUUGAAAUUACACAUAGGCAUGACGUUAUGAUGAUGAUGAUAACUAAUCCUUAAUGGCGCCUGAUAGGGAAAAAUGAAUAACACAUUGUGUGGACAAUUUUUUUUCUUUGCUUUCCUUUGCAGGGAAACCAGCAAACACAUGUCGAUGCUCCAUUUUGUUUCGUCUUUUUUUAAAGUGAGCAAAAGGAAGUCAUAAGAAGGCAGCAAUUGAUUGUGAAUGAAAUAAGAAAUGACUGUUUCCCUUUGCUCCUACACACUCGAGCACUGCCUUCAUGUUUCUGUUUAUGUCUCACCGCUCACCCUGGUCAGAACAUUUCCCGCCAUCCAGCUGUCUGACAUUAUACUGCCACUGGGAUGGUCAGCCAAGAGCAUGCCAGACUGUCAGUGGACCCCCCCCCCCCGUCUCCCACGAGGAGCAGAGGACUUAAAAGCAAACUUCUUAAAAACUUAAUGAUGUUACUAGAUGAAUCGGUGCGAGCACACACAUUUUGUUUUCCCCAAAGCUUGUGUGCCUGAGAGUCUGUAAGUGUGUGCUGUUAAAUCUAGGGCACAGCUGCACAGUGAUGUCAGCUGUGAGGUCAUGGCAACCAGUGUCUGCCGUCCUCUGGUGUGAAGAGUGUGAGGCUCUUUGCAUCUAGAGUGGUGGGGGGGGGGUUAUGCAACCGCAAAUAGCAGAGAAGAGAGACAGGAAGGAGUUAGUUAUUUUGUCUGUGGGUUUUAAAUGUCAUACAACCCUUUUUGAUUUUCACACAGUGAUGUCGGCCACCCAAUGGUCCACGAUUAACCUGGUCGAAGUAAUGGUUGACCAGCUUCUAAUAAUGUAUUCAUGGUGUGCACAUGAUCUCCCCUGUUCCGUUUCUGACUGCAUUUAGUUCAUUAUAAUAGCCAAGAGGGCUAUGCCACCACUAUUUCUAAUCCAAAAAUGUCCCUGUGGUGGAUCUGCUAGAAUGUUUUAUUUACUGUGUUAUAUCAGAGUGGGCAUUGGCAGCGUUUAGCCCGUUCUACACAUUAAUAGUUAAGAUUUUCAUAUACAAAAAAAAAAAAAAUCAUAUCCAGCUAUGCUUCAGUUUCAUUCUACAGGUGUCACUAUAAAUCGCAACAAAGCUCCUGACGGGGGCUGCUUGAGUGUGUAUGUGCUAGUGAAUGGAUGUUAAAGUGCAGUAGGUAAGGGUUGAGUAUUGUGCGUGUGUGUAUUUUUAUAGUGCUGUUGUAUCUGGUUGAAAUACUUGCACAGCAAUGAGGUGGAUAAGAAGCACUGUUUUUUUUUGGUUUUUUUUGCAUGAGGCAUGGAUUUCUGUGAUUAUAUUUGAGUUCAUUGGCAUUUUCUAGCUACUUUUUACUCACUUUGUCAUAAUGAUAUUGGGCUACAUUGGUUACACAUCAAGUUGUUACAACUGUGUAAGCCAUGCUGUCUUCUAAUGUAGCACAGGUUGCUAGUUAGCUUGGGCUGUCCUGGCUCUCUGCGGACCCUGUAGCUCUUGGCAGCCUAAGGGAUUUGCGGUGGUAUUUUCCAUUGGCAACAGAGCGCGGGUGCAUUAGCAAGUUGAGGUGGAUGCAGGCUGUGCUCUGCAGUCUCGUCGCUGUUUGCACAGCUGCAGAAUCUAUUGUGAAUAACCGCAUGCUUCUUUGCAUGUCGCUUGUCCUAUAUACUGUACAGUAUGUAUUCAAAGCAUUGAAGCAGACUAACUGGUUUUUGUCAGACAGGAAAUUAAGUGCAGAACAAAUUUGCCUUUUUUUUGCAAGAUGGAACAAGACUCAGAAGAAACUGACACAUCAGUAAAAGGGUUUUAUUUUUGAAAAAAUGUUCAACAUCUUAGAGAUCUGCUCUGAUAUGGUGUGUUUAAAAAGGAUACAGUGUUAAGAGCCAGGUCAGUCAUUCUGGUUCACACAUACUCUGAAAGUUCUGCUCUUGAUAACGUCACUUAUUUCUCAGCACUGUCAGGACUCUCACAGGGAAAUUCUUGGCCUCUAAACAAGACAUGGCACUGGUAUGUGCAUUUCAUUUUUCCUCCAACUGAGAGCUCUGUGCUCGCUGUGGAAAUGUUUCUGCGAUCCACUGUUGGAGCAGAACUACAUACUGUUUGUGCUAGAGUAUAGGGAAACAACACAAGAGAGUCAGUGCACCUGAAACGUCAAAUUGGAGUGAAAAAAAAAAUCCAAACCGCUGCCUGAGGCUUAAAAUGAGAGACAGUUUAGUUUCAUUUUUGUUGCAUCGGCCUUAUCAAACAUGCUAAAUGAAAGGUGUGCAACCUUGUGUUGUGCUGCUGAGCAGGUCCUUUAAUAUGAUGCUGAACUAACAUGACUGACUUUUCCAGAGGAGCUGUUGCACUGUGAGCAUGACUGCACAGCAUUAGCAGAAGUCAUUUAAAAGACAUUGUUUGACCAGCACACCUCAAGCUGCCUUGCUGCAUCUCUAAAGAGAAAAUGUCUUGAUUAUGAAGCGGCACAGUGAAAUCAAUGAGGAAAGAUUUGUGCUACUGCCUUAUUAGAGUAGGUGUAGUUAAAGUGGAUUUGUUCUUUUGUUUUCUUGCAAACACGAUCGCUUCAGAGCAGAGGAGUGCUCUGUAUCACUGCUAGUUGUCAUCGGAGCGGUUUUUUUUCCUUUCACUUAUCGAGAUGAGGAUGUGGUUUAAAACCCUGUAACAUCCUCAAAAUGUAAACUGUCACGUUCUCUAGUGUUUUACAUGCAUAGGUUUUGUAUCUGGUUGCGUUGAGUUUAAAAAAUACUGUGUAUAGUUAGCUGUGGCAAUGAUGGAUUGUCAAGACCAGAGUUUGGGCUCGUUCUGUUUUGGUUUCAAGGAUCUGGUCACAAAUAGUUUGUGAUGUGAACUGACUUGAAAGCAUGAUUAAGAUUCAUUUUGAUUUCUCCUAUUUUUUUUUUUUUUUUUUUUUUUUUAAAUCUCCCAACAAGAGAUUACUUCAUAACCUAUUUGUUAUGAUGAUGUUAUGAUGCUUAAUUGUAUACAUAUGUAGACAAAAUAAUCGGGGAGGGGGGGCUGCGUAGGAAAUGAGGCAGGAAUGUGGAUUCUUUUGUGCAUGAGUGAACUGGAGGUCCAUAGUUUUCCCAUUGCCAAACAACGACUAUGCCUCGCUAGUUUUCAAGUUUACUAAGAUUAAGGGCUAUAUCCGUCAUCUGUUGCGGACAAACAUCCAUCCAUCCGUUGUGUUGAGUGAUUCGUCUGCUCUGUGCUGUUUGUUUGAAGCCACAGUUGCCGAGAUCCACUAUCUGAACAUGCUCCGUGUUCGGAGUUGGAUGUCCUUUUUAAUUUUGUAGUGGAGCUCAUAUUAAAAAAAAAAAAAGAAAAAAUAGCUGAUUGUAUAUGACCAUGUAUGUUUGUGUUAUAGGCUUUAACUUUGCCUUUUCUUUUUUUCUUUUUUUGUCAACCUUAAUGGAGGUGCGUGAUGCAACCCCCCCACCCUGCCCAAUGAAAGCUCCUUUCUCAUGUAACCAGCUACAUUUGUUUGUUGUGAUGGGACUUUUUUUUUUUUUUUCUUUUUUUAGCCUUUCUGGUUCUUUGUGAACUGUGACUCCAUGCUAAAAGAAACUGUAGCUAACGCUGUCUUCUGUUUGCAUUUUCUCUGUCUUUGGACCUUUGUAAACAGGAACCCCAAUGCAGAAGCGUCGAUAUAAUAAUCAACCAAAGUCGCUGUCAUUUCCAUGCUGCGUGUGUUUUUUGUUGUCAUGCCCACGAUCUGUUUGGUUUCCCACUCUCAGGGGGUUAUUUUUAACAAGCAGUGCUAGAGUUUAAAAUUAACACACAUUCAGUCUCAUAAAGCCAAAGCAGUCGUCUCGUUUCAUAACACCCCCCCCCAACCCCUCCCUCCCAUUGUUGUCUGAUGUUAUUUCUGCAUCACACACCUCUGUUCUGUACUUUCUCAACAAGGCUAUGCAAAAAAAACAUAAACCUACUGUUAUAUGCUGCGACCCCUUUUCUCACCUUCUCUGUCAGUUGUCCGUGGACACCAGUACAAGCAAUAUAACUCUGAGUAUGUGUGGCACUGACUGUAAUCUGCUCUUUGGUCUGUGUUCAUGUAUUUGUUGAAGAAAAUGUUGAAAAAAUACUUGUAAUGCUAUAAAAAUGAUGUGGUGUGUGUGUAUGCUCUAGUGUCAGCUGAGGGGCUUGAUAUAAAAAGCAAUUGUAGUUUAUAUAUAUAUCUAUAUAUAUUCCCUCAUUUUGUGCUUUUCCUGCCUGCCUCCUAAACCACUUACACUUUGUACUCAGACUUCUGGGUAGACCACGUUAUUAAGUUGUGUCAGCAGAAAGGAGAGACUUACAAAUGAUGUUUUUGUUGGAUUUUUUUUUUGUCUUGCUACUUUUCCAUCCCUCAUUUUUGUUGCACUAAUUCAAUGUUUGGGUAUUCUCUGUUUAAGCAACAGCUUUGUUUUUUUUUUCAUCGUAAUGAAUUUUCACUGACUGAAUAUUUAACUGUUGCCUUUUAAUCCUCAGUUGUAACAACAUCAAUUUCAAAACUUUUGUAUACUAAACAUAUGAAGGACCUCAACAUGGAACACAGUCAGAAACAAAAACACAGAAGGGUGAUGCAGGAACGUUUUGAUGGCCCCUCAACACUGAAUUAGAAAAGAGAAACAAUAUUCCCAUGAUCACUGUGAUGCUUUCUUUCACACAAAUUCUAAAAUGUACUUUCACCGUCACCACCGCUGAUAAAAACCAAACACCCGAACACAUUGAGGUGCUACAUUUGAUUAAAGUGGAUUUUUUUUUUUUGCCAAAAUCCUAGUUUGAGAAGGAAGCAAGAACCUUCAAACAGACCAGACUCUUCUUGCAUUUGUUUUCCUACUAACUUUAAAAAAGCCAAACUGAGUUAAGAGAAAAAAGAGACAAAAAAAUGAAAGCACUGAAUGAUGGUUAAAAAAAAAAAAAACGCUCUUGUUUUAGUAAGGAGUCUGCGGUGUUCUUGUUGGGUCAUCAUUUGUAUUUUAUUUUUUUAAUAAAACAAUCAUUGGCA